AGACUAUAUGACAAGAAUGGCCAUUACGUCAGAUCAUUUCCUAUAGUCAACGGGACUACUCGAACAGGAUUCUUCGCCGUUGACAACAACAUGCAGCAUUUUAUUCAAGGCAGUUUCAGACAGCUGGGUGGGAGGUUUGAUCAGGCCAUUGAUUAUGAUAUGGCUGAUAGGAUCUUAGGCAGUAUAUUCUUCUCCGCCGACGUAGCAGCGAGCGACUUAAAGAAAGGAAGAUACUUCGGGCUGCAGCCGUAUGUGAACUAUAAAGAAUUCUGUACCAACAAAAAAUAUAGGACAUUUGAAGAUUUAAAAGACAGUUUCAGUUUUGAGAGACUGGACCGUUUGAUGGAGGUGUACAAAGAUCCUAAGGACAUUGAUCUGAUGGCAGCUUUGUGGGGCGAGAAACACAUCAAAGGUGGCAAAAUACCAGCAACUCUGUACUGUUUAUUUGCGGACCAGUUGACGCGAACUCUUAAGUCUGAUAGACAUUGGUACGAGAGACCUAACAGACCUCAUGCUUUUACUAAAGCACAAUUAAAAGCGAUUAGGAAAGUCACAAUAGCAGGCGUGUUGUGCUCCAUUGGUGACCUUGUGUCGGAGAUACAGCCGCAUGCGUUCUAUUCCAUAUCUUCAGAUAAUCCUUUGACGAAAUGCAGUUCUUCGAAAAUAGGAAAAUUAGAUUUGACCGCGUGGAAAGAGGACUCGUGCGAGUAGACAACGGCAUUAAAUUAAAAGUUUUUGUUAUCAUAAUUAUAAUUUUAACCUGCAUUUUAAACAGUAAGAGUCCAACACUCCUCCUCGUUUCCACCCAAGGCAGGAGAAGUAAUUCAUUCAUUCAUUCGUAUUAAGGAACAUAAUUCUUUUAUUUCGGCAUAUUAUUUAUUUCUUGAUGGCGGGACGAACUCGACAUCAAUGAAAAGGAUGGCCAAUACUUAUAAACUGCAAAAAGCUUAACACAUAGUGGAGUGGAAGGAGGGCCCUGUA